AGUCUCUCUGGGGAGAAAGAGGAGGGGGUCCCUGUCUCUAAAAUGAGUCUCUCUGGGGAGAAAGAGGAGGGGGUCCCUGUCUCUAAAAUGAGUCUCUCUGGAGAACAUGACACCAAAGCUAAGAGUCCAAUCAAGCAGGAGAGACCAACCUCUCCUGUACCCAGCUGUGUGUCCAUGAAGAGUGACAAGUCUAUGGAUAAAUUUAUAGACUUCAGAGAGGGAGAUUAUUCUACUGAACAAAGAACCGAACAGGAGAUAACAGAGUCAGAGAUUCUCAGUGGUCAGUCUUCCCAGAGUCAUCAAACAGACCUGGCCUCCAUAUUCAGUUUGCUUGAAGAGAAUAUUAUGACAUUUAUGAAGAACGAGCUGAAGAUGUUCAAGAGGAUUCUUAGUCCAGAACUCCCACAAGGCUUUGAGAGUCAGAAGCAGGAAGUGGUGGAUGCUGAAGAUGAGAAGCAGGAGAGCAGUGCCAGAGAGGGGGCUCUGAAGAUCACACUGCACGUCCUGAGGAAAAUGAACCAGAAGGAGCUUGCUGACACACUGGAGAAAAGUGAGCUUGCUGUGAUUUGCCAAAGUGAACUCAAAUCUAAUCUAAAGAAGAAGUUUCAAUGUGUAUUUGAGGGGAUCGCUAAACAAGGAAACCCAACACUUCUCAAUAAGAUCUACACAGAGCUCUACAUCACAGAGGGUGGAACAGGAGAGGUCAAUAAUGAACAUGAGCUGAGACAGAUUGAGACAACAACCAGGAAACAAGCAAGACCAGAGACUGCAAUCAAAUGUAACGACAUCUUCAAACCCUUAACUGGACAAGACAAACUUAUCAGAACUGUGCUGACAAAGGGAGUCGCUGGCAUUGGAAAAACAGUCUCUGUGCAGAAGUUCAUUCUGGACUGGGCUGAAGGAAAAGCAAAUCAGGAUGUCCAGUUUGUAUUUUCAUUCCCUUUUCGGGAGCUGAAUAUGAUGAAAGAGAAAAAACACACUUUGAUUGAACUUCUCAACCACUUCUCAAUGGAAACCAAAGAAUCAAGAAUCUCCAACUACGACAAAUACAAAGUUCUGUUCAUCUUUGAUGGUCUGGAUGAGUGCCGACUGCCCCUAGACUUCCAGAAGAACAAGAUCUGUUGUGACGUCACAGAGUCAACCUCAGUGGAUGUUCUGCUGACAAAUCUCAUCAAGGGAAAUCUGCUUCCCUCUGCUCUCCUCUGGAUAACUACCCGACCUGCAGCAGCCAAUAAGAUCCCUUCAGGGUGUGUUGACCAGGUGACAGAGGUACGAGGGUUCAAUGACCCACAGAAGGAGGAGUACUUCAGGAAGAGAUUCAGUGAUGAGGACCUGGCCAGCAGAAUCAUCUCACACAUAAAGACAUCAAGGAGCCUCCACAUCAUGUGCCACAUUCCAGUCUUCUGUUGGAUAUCUGCAAUAGUGCUUGAACACAUGCUGAAACAUAAGAGAGAAGAGAUGCCCAAGACUCUGACUGAGAUGUACACACACCUUGUGGAGUUUCAUACUAUAAAGAAGAACGAAAAGUAUCUUGGGAAAGAAGAGACAGGUCCACACUGGAAUAAAGAGAGCAUUCUGUCACUGGGAAAACUGGCUUUUCAACAGCUUGUGAAUGGCAAUCUGAUUUUCUAUGAAGAAGACCUGAAAGAGGCUGGCAUUGAUGUCAAUGAAGCCUCAGUGUACUCAGGAUUGUGCACACAGAUCUUUAAAGAGGAAUGUGGGCUGUACCAGGACAAGGUGUACUGCUUCGUGCAUCUGAGCAUUCAGGAGUUUCUGGCUGCUGUAUAUGUGUUCAUCUCAUUCAGCAACAACAAUGAGAAUCUAAUGGCCAAACCACGAUCAACAUCCAGGGACCUUCCUUUGAGGAUCAGACACAAGCCUGAAGUUACUCUCUACAAGAGUGCUGUGGAUAAAGCCUUACAAAGUGAGACGGGAAACCUGGACCUUUUCCUUCGCUUCCUUCUGGGCCUCUCACUGGAGUCCAAUCAGAAGCACUUACAAGGUCUACUGACAAAGACAGGAAGCAGCUCACAGAGCCAUGAAGAAAUAGUUAAGUACAUUAAGGAGAAGAUCAGGGAGAACCCCUCUCCAGAGAGGUGCAUCAAUCUGUUCCACUGUCUGAAUGAACUGAAUGACCAUUCUCUAGUGGAGGAGAUCCAAAGAUACCUAAGAUCAGGAAGUGUCUCUGGUGAAGAACUCUCACCUGCACAGUGGUCAGCUCUGGUCUUUGUGUUGCUGACUUCAGAAAAGGAGCUGGAUGUGUUUGACCUGAAGAAAUACUCCAGAUCAGAGGAAGGUCUUCUGAGGCUGCUACCAGUGGUCAAAGUCUCCAAAAUGGCUCUACUGUCAGGCUGUGGAGUCACAGAGGAAGGCUGUGCUUCUCUGGUCUCAGCUCUGAAGUCAAACCCCUCACACCUGAGAGAGCUGGAUCUGAGUAACAAUGACCUGAAGGAUUCAGGAGUGAAGCUGCUCUCUACUGGACUGGGGAAUCCCCACUGUAAACUGGAGACUCUGAGGCUGUCAGGCUGUCAAGUCACAGAGGAAGGCUGUGCUUCUCUGGUCUCAGCUCUGAAAUCAAACCCCUCACAUUUGGAAGAACUGGAUCUGACUAACAAUGACUUGAAGGAUUCAGGAGUGAAGCGACUAUCUGAUGGACUGGAUAAUCCUCACUGUAAACUGAAGACUCUGAGGCUGUCACACUGUCGAGUCACAGAGGAAGGCUGUGCUUCUCUGGUCUCAGCUCUGAGGUCAAACCGGUCACAACUGAGAGAACUGGACCUGAGUAACAAUGACCUGAAGGAUUCAGGAGUGAAGCUGCUCUCUGAUGGACUGGGGAAUCCCCACUGUAAACUGGAGACUCUGAGGUUGUCAGGCUGUCUAGUCACAGAGGAAGGCUGUGCUUCUCUGGUCUCAGCUCUGAGGUCAAACCCCUCACACCUGAGAGAGCUGGACCUGAGCUACAAUCACCCAGGAGACUCAGGAGUCAGAAUUCUCUCUGCUGGACUGGAGGAUCCACGCUGCAGACUGGAGAAACUCAGGCUGUCAGGCUGUGGAGUCACAGAGAAAAGCUGUGCUUCUCUGGUCUCAGCUCUGAAGUCAAACCCCUCACAUCUGAGAGAGCUGGAUCUGACUAACAAUGACCUGAAGGAUUCAGGAGUGAAGCUGCUCUUUGCUGGACUGGGGAAUCCCCACUGUAAACUGGAGACUCUGAGGCUGUCCCGAUGUCAAGUCACAGAGGAAGGCUGUGCUUCCCUGGUCUCAGCUCUGAGGUCAAACCCCUCACACCUGAGAGAGCUGGACCUGAGCUACAAUCACCCAGGAGACUCAGGAGUCAGACUGCUCUCUGCUAGACUGGAGGAUCCACACUGUAGACUGGAGAAACUCAGUGUGGAACAUGGUGGAGAGUACACAAUGAAGCCUGGACUUAGAAAAUGUGAGUGUUGACUGCUGUGAAGAAUAUGACUAAGAAUAAUUCUUAAUUCAAGUUUAGUCAAAGACCACCAU